UGCAGUUUCCAGAAUUAGCCAUGGAAAGACUCAAAAUUUUACACUUUAACACAGAUCUCUUACCUGAGGAUCUCCAGAUUCGGGGAUUCUGCCCUACCCGAGCUUCCCAUUCCACGUGACGUUACCCUGCAGGCCCAGCUAUAUAACUCAACCUCAAUCCUCAUGAACAUCACCUGAAAUUCCCAUUCAAGAGCUCAAUUGCACAUUAUACUACCUAACCUCCCAAUCGAUCAGCCUCAUACACACAAAUUUCACCAAGUAUAACCCUCAAUUAUUGCAUGACCUCCGCACCAUCCACAAUGGCAACCACAACCACCACCUCCAACCCCACCCCAACAAUGACCUACUACGACAUCGCCAUGCGGCCUCCAGUAACGGGGAACGCAGCAGCCGUAAACCCCUGGAAAGCGCGCCUGGCCCUGAACUUCAAGAACGCCCCCUACUCCACAACAUGGGUCAAGCUCCCCGAAGUAUCCAAAGUCCGCCGCAGCCUGAACCUCCCCGCAUGUCGCAAAUUCGCCGACGGUAGCGACUUCUACACCCUCCCCAUCCUCUCCGACCCUACCACAAACUCCCUCAUCGGCGACUCUUUCGACAUCGCCGUCUACCUACAAAAGACCUACCCCGCUUCUGGUGACGGGGAUCUCUUCCCUCCGCAGAACCUGGACUAUGAACUGAAGGAGGAGCUGAAGGUGCUGGUACCGCUAUCGGAGCGGAAUGAUACCGAGUAUGCGGAUUACGCAAGGUUCAACAAUAAUGUUGACGCGGCGUUCAGCGUGCAUACAUUAUUGAUGGUGCAGAAGAUGCCGUUUGAUCCGGAGACGGCGGAGGAGAGUAAGGCGGAGUUUGUUCGGCGGGCGGGGUUUAAGUCAUGGGAUGAUUUUGCUCUUGACGGGGAGAAGAGGGAGCAGGUGUUGAGUUCGUUCCGGGAUAUGCUGGGGGACUUGGCGAAGAUGUUUGAGAGGGACACUAGUGGGCCGUUUUUGCUGGGGCAGAGGCCUAGCCAUGCCGACUUUAUUGUGGGUGGGUGGUUGAGGAUGUCGAGGGUUACGUUGCCGUCGACGGAGUGGGAGCAGUUGAGGGGGUGGCAUGGAGGUGUUUUUGGGAGGUUGCACGAUGCGUUGGAUGUUUAUGCUGAGGUAAAAUAGGCUAACAGAGUUGGUGAGAGGGGGUACUUGGUGGACAAGAAUAGAAGAAGGAAGGGAAAGUAUUGUAUAAUAAAGCAUAUAAAUUUAUACAUCAAAUGCUUUCUAUAAGCAAGAUUUA